AUGAUGAAGAAAUUGAUGGCUGACCAGCAGCCCCACACCGCAGAGAUGAUAAAGAAAGUGAUGGUUGACCAGCAGGCCCAAGCCACAGCAAUGAGAAAUCUGGAGCGCCAAGUGGGACAACUGGCUAGUGCCCAAAAUACUAGACCAGUUGGAGCUCUCCCAAGUGACACUGUAGCUAAUCCUAAGGCAUCCAUUAAUGUCGUGUCAUUGAGGAAUGGGAGACAAUUUGAAGAAGUCCAGUCGAAAAAGAGAAAACAUGUGACUUUUAAUGAGAGGCCAGUCACUAUAGAGUCAGAAUCAAAAAAAUCAAAGGAAUGUGAGAAGCCAGCUGAAGAGGCGGUGGCUAAGCAACCUUCACAGUUGGUUGCGAGGCCACCACCUCCGUUCCCUCAAAGAUUCCAGAAGGUGAAGGAUAAUGCCGCGUAUAAAAAGUUUCUUGAUAUUUUGAAGCAGGUGCAAAUUAAUAUUCCUUUGGUAGAUAUCUUGCAAGAAGUACCCAAAUAUGCAAAAUACAUCAAGGACAUAGUGGCAAAUACAAGAAGAUUGGCCGAGUUCGAGACUGUGGCACUCACUGAGGAAUGCAGCUCAAGAAUUCAAAGCAAGAUACCUCAUAAAUUGAAGGAUCCGGGUAGUUUCACUAUCCAAAUCUCAAUUGGUAAGCGUACAGUCGGGCGAGCCUUAUGUGAUCUUGGAGCGAGCAUUAAUUUGAUGCUGCUAUCUGAGUUUAGACAGUUGGGGUUGGGUGAGCCACGCCCAACAACGCCUGAUCAGGAAGUCCCAUUAAUUUUAGGGCAUCCAUUUUUAGCCACGGACCGAGCUAUUAUUGAUGUUUGCGAAGGAAAGAUUACGAUGAGAGUAGGCGAUCGAGUGGAGGUAUUCAAUGUAUAUAAAGCACUCAGAUUGUCAGCCCACUAUGAAGAGAUGUCCAUGAUUUCUGUGGUGGAAAGUGAUGUUACAUCAUUAGUGCCUUAUAGGAGUCCUAUAGAUCCUCUUGAACGAGCUUUGAUUGGGGAUGAAGAAGACAGUGAAGAUGAAAUGAUGGAAGAAAUUGAGAAAGAACUUGAUAUGUCCUGCAGUUAUGUCCAUGGGUUUGGAAAAUUUGAGGAGUUGGACAGGCCUAUUACUCUGACCCCGCCUAAGCCAUCUAUUGAAGAAGCUCCAAAGCUAGAACUUAAGCCCCUACCAGUGCAUCUGCGCUAUACUUAUUUGGGGAAUUCUGAGACAUUGCCCGUGAUUAUCUCAUCCAACUUGACUAACACACAAGAAGAAAAAUUGUUCAGAGUCCUUCGCGAGCAUAAAAAGCUAUUGGGUGGACAAUUGCUGGCAUCAAUGGAAUCUGUCCAUCAUUUUGCAUGCAUAAAAUCUUCUUGGAAGAUGGACACUGCCCUAGUGUUGAGCAGCAAAGGAGGUUAA